AUGUGCAUGGACGUGGCGGAACUCUCAGGCAUUCCCUCAGACUUUGCAUACAUCGCUGAGCUAGACUACAUCCCGGUCAGCAAUCCGAACACUCUCACAGAGGGGACCUACUGGUUCCCUCUCCAUGCCGCUCAGCCUCCCCGGAACGCCAUCGAGCAGGCGAUCGUGGAGAUCAGCCAGAAUGCGGCGGUGCGUGCGACGGUCCCAGUCGAGGAGAUGAGCGGCGUGGAAUGGUGGUGGCAGCAGCAGGAUGUGCCGGGGGAGGACCCGAAGGAGCAUCACACCGACUGCAACAUAGAGAUCAAGCCCGACGGCAGCACCUGCAUCAAGCAUCCCAACAUCUCCUCCGCUGGUUCGCCAUCUGCUGCUGCAGAGGCGCCGGCUGCGAAGGAGGAGGAGGAGCCGCCGGCCGACUUCAUCUGCCCGAUCACGACCGAGAUCAUGGUCGAGCCAGUCGUGGCGGCCGACGGGCAGUCGUAUGAGCGGACUGCGAUCGAGCGUUGGCUCGCGACCAAGUCGACGAGCCCGCUGACCGGCGGCGAGCUCGAGCGUAGCAUCCUUAAUCCCGAACCACAAUUUGCGCCGGACGAUUCGAGAGUGGCAGGAGGCGCGGACGGCACUUUGAGCCCCCAGCGCGGCGAAGAGUGGCGUCUAGCGCAAGGGGGGCAAGCGAAGGGACCGCGCCGCGCACGGACCCACGGCGCCGGGGUGGUGCUUGACUAUGACGAUAGGAUGUACGACGGAGGUGCAGAAUACCUGUCCGCUGUCGCGCCAGCCCGGGUUUUUCCGAAAUGCUUUCUCUACAAUCAUGUGUAG